AUGGCUAACAUGAUGGUUCUCCUCUCUGAUCUUCGGGCCGGUCGCUCUUCCUCAACCGUGCAAGUCUGGUUGCCUCAUCUCUGGGAAGCCAAGAACUUCCGCCGUGGUGGAGAACUUAUGGGCGUGGACAUGCUCCUCCUGGAUUCCCAGAGUAGGAGAAAGCUUUAUGCUUGGAUCAACAAGUUCUGCAACCAAGUCUUCCUGUUACAGAAACUUGACCACUGGCAAUACGUCAGUGUUAAUGAGUUUAGUAAUCAAGCUGCGGCAAGGAUUGCUUUAAGUGUCACUUGA